AUACUGUAGUUAUCUCUUUUCGUACUCUUUCAUUUUUGCUUCCCUGACUCUUUCUGGGGUACAUGAGGCCAUGCUUUUUGCCUUGAAAUGAACAUCUAUCCAUCUUCCAGCUGCUUAUUCUUCUCGGGGAGGGGGAAGUAUCCUGGAGCCUGUCCUAGGCAGCAUAGGAAAUAGUAUACAGUACCCUGGAGAAUGCCAGUUCAAUACAGUACACAUACACACACUGUGGGAAAUUUCAAGAAGUGAGUUAGCCUAACUGCAUGUCUUUGGACUGUGGGAGGAAACCCACAUUACAAUGGGUGAACAUACAAAUUCCACACACAGAACAGUGGUGGGACUCAAACCCCAAACCCUAAUGGCAUUAGGCAGCAGUGCUCCCCUCUAACCCUAGCCACCCAAACUACCAGGAGUCCUUUAUUUCCUAUAAAGACUCCAAAAUUGACCCUGUUUUGCACCCGUAGACUCCGGGAUAGGCUCCCGAGCCCCAGCGACCCUGAACAGGACAAGCAGUUACAGAAAAUGGAUGGAUGGACUCCAGUAUUUACAGUGCUGUUCGCAAGUCUUAGUUGAGAUUCCCAGUAUGUGUGAGGUGACCCCGGAGCCCACCAGCCCCACGCUCCAAGCUGAGUCCUCCGACUGCUACGACCAUGCGGACCGCUGGCAGCGGCUUCGUGCCACUGUGAGGCGCCUGGAGUUCUGGGAGGGCUUCAGCGCCGAGCUGGUGGGCAGUGGCUUCUUCUCUAAGGUCUACAAGGUUGUGCACAACUCAUCGCGGAAGGUGAUGGUGGUGAAAAUCUACAGGAACGACGUGGACCAGGACAGCAUCGUGCGCGAGAUCACCCUCCUGCAAAAGCUCUCCCAUCCCAACAUUGUGAGGUAUCUUGGAAUUUGCGUGAAAGAAGACAAGCUGUACCCAAUCCUAGAGUACAUGAAUGGUGGAUCCCUGGAGGAGCUCUUGGCUCGGAAGGAUGUACCUCUCAGCUGGAGGGAGAAGGUGGAGCUGGCCUGUGACAUAGCCAGGGGAAUGAGCUACCUGCACUACAAGAACAUCUACCACAGGGACCUCAACUCCAAGAACUGCCUGAUCAGGGUGACGGCACGGGGCAGAGAGGCCCUGGUGACGGACUUCGGUUUGGCCCGGGAAGUGGUGGAGCUGCCAUCUAAGGACCCAGGCAGGAAGCUGUCUCUAGUGGGCUCCGCUUUCUGGAUGGCCCCAGAAAUGCUGAGAGGGGAGCUUUACGACCGCAAGGUGGACGUCUUCUCCUUUGGCAUCAUGCUGUGUGAGAUUCUGGGCAGAAUCCCAGCAGACCCAGAAGUCCUUCCAAGAACACAGGAUUACGGCCUGGACGUGACCGCAUUCCGGGGGAUGGUACAGGACUGUCCGCAGUGCCUGCUGCACCUGGCUGCCUGGUGCUGCCUGAUGGAGGCCUUCCAGAGACCUUCCUUCACGGAGCUGCUGGAGAAGCUGGAAGACACCGCAGAGGCCCUUGAGCCUCCCGACUCCGAGCUGACGAGCGGGUGAAGAGUCAGGGGAGGAGGUGUGCAGACCUGGACCUCACCAAGUCUGGCCUCUCCGCAGGGGAGCAUAUUUCGGGCUUUGUGGGCUGCCGGAAUGUUCUUAGACACCGGUGGGGCACAAGGAUCAUCUAAAGAUGGGACAGGUGUGUUUUCCUGUGACUUCAGGGACAUGUGUCUCAAGUGGGAAAAUGAAGACCACAAGCUGGAUGCCAGCAAGCCUGAGACCCUCCUUCCUGUCUGCGUUGGAUCAGUCGGACUCCUUUUAAAAUGAGCUGAACUGCUGACCGCUCAGGAGCGUGAGGGCGACCAAAAAACUGAGCUUAUUUCUGUGGUAAAGGUUUUGACUCCAGAUAGUAUAGGAAAUUCUCAUUUGCAACCUUUCACCACUUCCUCUUUUUUAAAUACGGACACAGUGGUCCGUCACCACCGUUGCCAUGCGCCCACCAUGCGACGCUCUGAGCUGUGCACUCCCAUUAUAGGGUAAUUACCUCCAUAAUAUAAAAUAAAAACCCCAUAGUGACCUUAAGACCUAAUGGAACAGGAGAGAGAAGAGAUCGGGUGACCGAUGUGCCUGUAUGCCCCUAACAGGCAGUGGCAUUGUUGAUUAUUAUUAAUUAAUUGGUGAUAUGUCUUUACCUGUAUACAGAAUGAUUUUUCAUUAUGAGAAUUUUAUAAAAUAGUCAACCUCAAAUGCAGAUUAAAAGAAAAAAAACAUUCUUAAAGGGUCUAGUGUCAGUUUAAACUGGCUGUGAUUCUAAAUGUUUUUCCUUGGCAGUUUCCAUCCACUUUGGUUAUGGUGGUUUUUUCAAGCUGUCCAAUGUCUUAAUGCGGAUUCCCGGUAUGGUGCACCAGGAAAUAGUGUCCUACACCACUUUGUAGCCACCUGACGCAGUGUGACAGGACACGCAUGCUUUCAGGUCAGUGGAGUGGAGGAGAAACCAGCCCCCCCUCCAAUGUGUGACGUCCGUCACAUGUCUGCGUCAGUCCACACAUCUGUGAAAGUUUCGCCGUUUAUGCUUUGAUUCGCUUAGCGGAAAGUGAUGAGGAAAUAACACUCAGUUCGGGCGGUGAGGUGACCUUUAUCUGCUUUUUCAAUCCGAAAUUAAAUCUUUAAAAUCCUG